AAGUAAAAAUAAAAUUUUCACAAAUUUUCUGUAAAGCUUAUUUAUUUUAAAUAUUACCGAGAUAAUGCUAGGGUUUUUUUUACAGGUUUUGCUCCCUUCUCUUUGUCUCUGAUGGAAUGUAUAACGAUUUCAAGGAUAAGUGAUUCCCAAAAUAUCCCAAGAAAACUGGAUCUCAAGCGCGCUCAUCUCGUUUCAAAGGGAGGGAGACUGUUAAUACAAAACAUAACGAACAUUUAUUCCUCCGCGGAAUUUGACGAGAGAAGGUGCCUUUGAAAAUGAAGUACCUGCGAUUUGCAGACAGAGUGUUUGACAAUUACUUCGAUGUUAAGCCAGAUGUCAGGAGCAAAGAUUGGUUCCUGGUGGACAACGCGGGUUUCAUGCUCUUCAUGGCGUUUUCCUACCUAUUUGUCGCAAUCACCGGCCCCAAAAUCAUGCGGGCUUUCAAGCCUUUUGACCUGCGGCGCCCGAUUAUGAUUUACAACACGCUAAUGGUCGCUAUCAACGCAUGUGUAGUUUACUUAUGCGCUGUUGGAGGCUGGUUCACACAUUACAAGCUCCUGUGCCAGCCGGUUGGGUCUGCUGACGACCCUAGGUCUUAUCAAAUCGUUUAUGCAACCUAUAUCAUGAUGGUUUCGAAAUAUAUGGAGCUGCUCGACACAGUAUUUUUCAUAUUGCGUAAAAAGGAGCGUCAGCUCUCGGUGCUGCACAUUUACCACCACUUUAUAGUAGUUCCAAUGUGCUGGGGCUCUAUCCGAUAUCUUCCAGACGGGCACAGUAACUUGGCUCUUUUCGUGAACGCUUUCAUCCACGUCGUGAUGUACGCUUAUUACCUGCUCUCGCAGAUGGGGCCCAGCGUGCAGAAGUAUCUUUGGUGGAAACGCUACCUCACGAAAAUGCAAUUGACCCAAUUCGCGGUGGUGAUUCUGCACAGCUUGUGGCUCUAUCAUCCCUCGUGCACCUUCCCUCGAGUCAUGCAAACGUUCAACGCUUUCAACUGUGUUAUUUUUGCUACGCUAUUUCUUAAUUUCUACCGAAAAAACUACACUGCCAAAAACAAUAUGGAGAUCAUUGAGGAAUCUAGCAAUAAGUUGGGAAAUAUGUGCAUUUCUCCUGGAAGUGUCAAGCAAGAUUAAAUAAAUAAAACUUGUAUGCAUGAA